GAUGGUGGCGGGGAAGAAGAUGGGGCGCGCAGACCGUCCCCGGUGAGAAGAGCCCAGCUCAGGUCUAAUCUGACUCGUGCACCUGCUGGCUGGAACAUGGAAGAUUUAGAGGAAGAUGUAAAGUUCAUAGCGGAUGAGACCCUGGACUUUGGAGGGCUGUCACCAUCUGACAGGUACCAGCCUCUUUAACCUACUUGCUUUCCUUCAACAGUGCCUGUCUGCCUCUGUCCCCUUAGUGCUGAAGUAUUGCCCUCUGGGGUCUAGGUUGGUAAUUGGGGUUGGGUGCCCUGGGGCUGCUGGGUGACUUGUUGACAUGGGCCCCUGUGACACUUUUGGGGGAGGGGAAAAGGGAUAAGCUGGAAUGAGAUUUCAGGAUGUUAAGAAGAAGGGUAAGUGGAUUUGCUCCGUCCGCAUCCUGGCAUAAUUUCCAGUGUCGGUAAGUGCUAAAGGCCUAUGAGGCCUCAUAGAACGGGGCAUCUCAUCGCCUAGAGACCACCCUCACAGCCAGCAUGGGCUUCCGGGUUUGGGGUUGUGUCCCUGGCUCUGUUGUGGAGGAGUUGCCCAGUCUCCUUUUCAGUCUUCUGUCUGCAAAGUCUCUUCUGUGUGGGCAUGGCGCCUGGUUUGUUUUCUGUCUCAGUCGUGAGGAGGAAGACAUAGCAGUGUCGGUGACUCCAGAGAAACCGCUCCGAAGAGGACUCUCCAAUCGAAGUAAUCCAAAUGCAGUGGCCCCAGCCCCCCAGGGGCUGAGGCUCAGCUUGGGUCCCCUUAGUCCAGAGAAGCUGGAGGAGAUUCUCCACGAGGCCAACCGGCUGGCAGUUCAGCUGGAGCAGUGUGCCCUGCAGGAGCAGGAGAGCACGGGCGAGGGCCUGGGGCCUCGCAGGGUGAAGCCCAGCCCCCGGCGGGAGACCUUUGUGCUGAAGGACAGUCCUGUCCGAGACCUGCUGCCCACUGUGAGUUCUUUGACUCGGAGCACCCCCUCCCCAAACGGCCUGACACCCCGACUCCGGAGCGGCGAUAAGAAGGGGUCAGUCAGGGUUCUCCGGGCAGCAUCUGGAAAGAGGCCCUCCAGUGUGAAAAGGGAGUCACCCACUUGCAAUCUGUUGCCUACAUCCAAAAGCCCAGCAUCUUCUCCUCUCGCCCGAUCUACUCCUCCAGUCCGGGGCAAAGCUGGGCCCAGUGGGAGAGCAACAGCAAGCCCGCCUACCCCUGUCAGACCAGUCUUGGCCCCACAGCCUCCUACCGGCAACUCUCAGCGCCUCUCUCGGCCGCAGGGAGCAGCUGCUAAGCCUUCCAGUCGACUGCCUGUUCCCUCUGCCAUCCCCAGGCCUGCCAGCCGAAUGCCACUCACCAGCCGGAGUGUACCACCCAGCAAAGGUGCCCUGCCUCCAGCUUCUCUGCCACCUCGGAAAGGACUUCCACGACCAAGUGCUGUAGGGCACAGAGCCCAAUUUGAAGAUGGGGAGACUGAGCUAAGGAGAGAUGUGGGCCCGGGCAAAGAGUGUGAACUGUGGUUUUCAAAUACUUUAUGUUUUGUAACCUUGGGUGGGAGGAAAGGCACUAAUCCCAGACUCACUCAGGGAGGGUCACUUGAACUUUCUGCUCACUUAUUUCUUUUGUUAACCCCCAUCAAGUUCCUGUUUCCCAGCGGCCAAAUCUUCCCAUCACUGCUGCCACUCGCAGCAACGUGCAGCCCCCCAGGAAAGUGGCGGUCCCAGGACCUACCAGGUAAAGAGAUCAGGUCAGCAAGCAAAAAUUCAGGAGCAAACCACUACAGUCACUGCCUGGACUCACCUCUACUCGACCCUCCAAGCCCUCUCAUGGAAGGCAGGCCCUGACUCCAGAAGAUUCUGGCCCAGGAGCAGGAGGAAAAGAUGCCACCAGGGCUGGUGCCCCAGGAGUGAAGAGAUGGGAGAUGGGGUGGAUUAGGGUUGAGCUGGAGGGGAAUCAAACUCUGUGGGUUGAAAGAGGAUUAGGAAAAAGAGGUCACCUCCCAACAGUGAAAUUAACAAGCAGAAAAUGAGAAAUGCAGGAGAGUGGUUUGUCCUCUUCCACCCCCCACUCUUGUGUUCAGUCCCAGAGAGUUUGAUCUUCUUCCCAGGCUUUGGCUCACUGGACAUUUACAUGUGAAUGGCCUCUGUAGCUAACCUCCCUGCUCUCUGAGGAACAGUCCUGAAUCACAUCCUCUACUGGAUGCAGGCCUGUUUGGAGAGGCAGAGGCAGGCACCUGGUCUCUAGAACUUAUUUCCUGUGAAUUCUGUGACUCUUAAGAGGCCAGUUUAUGAUAAGCUUACAUCGAUCUGCGUUUUUCUAAAAUAAAAUGAGUGUAUUUUUAUAA